GUGGCGCUAAAGUUUUUCUUUGCGCGUGUGAAUCUGUUCUGCGGACCGCAGAGGAACAGCAAGGAUGCAGCGCGACAAAACCGGAAGCUCCGGCGGCGGGGAAAAGCCGGACAGAGAGACUGCCAUCAUGUCAAAAUACUAUGAUGGGGUUGAGUUUCCCUUCUGCGAUGAAUUCUCGAAAUAUGAAAAGCUCGCAAAGAUCGGCCAGGGCACAUUCGGGGAGGUUUUCAAGGCCAAACACCGGCAAACGGGGAAAAAGGUGGCUUUGAAGAAGGUCCUCAUGGAGAAUGAGAAAGAAGGGUUUCCCAUCACAGCUCUGAGGGAGAUCAAGAUCUUACAGCUGCUAAAGCAUGAGAAUGUGGUGAAUCUCAUUGAGAUCUGCAGAACAAAAGCCACCCAGUUUAACCGUUACAAGGGCAGCAUCUAUCUAGUGUUUGAUUUCUGUGAACAUGACCUCGCUGGAUUGUUAAGCAACGCUAAUGUAAAAUUUACUCUGUCGGAGAUAAAGAAGGUUAUGCAGAUGCUGCUGAACGGACUUUACUAUAUACACAGAAACAAGAUCCUUCACAGAGAUAUGAAAGCCGCCAAUGUUCUGAUCACAAGAGAUGGAGUGCUGAAGUUGGCUGAUUUCGGGUUGGCCAGAGCGUUCAGCUUGGCCAAAAACAGUCAAGGCAACCGCUACACAAACAGAGUCGUCACACUGUGGUAUCGACCACCAGAACUACUGCUGGGUGAGAGAGAUUACGGGCCUCCUAUAGAUCUGUGGGGUGGUGGAUGUAUCAUGGCAGAGAUGUGGACCAGAAGCCCCAUCAUGCAGGGUAACACAGAACAACACCAGCUCACCCUCAUUAGUCAGCUGUGUGGCUCUAUUACUCCAGAGGUUUGGCCUGGUGUGGAUAAGAAGUAUGAACUCUAUCAGAAGAUGGAGCUACCUAAGGGUCAGAAGCGAAAAGUGAAGGACAGACUCAAGGCGUAUGUGAAGGACCCGUAUGCUCUGGACCUCAUAGACAAACUCCUGGUUCUGGAUCCGGCUCAGAGAAUAGACAGCGAUGACGCUCUCAACCACGACUUCUUCUGGUCUGACCCCAUGCCCUCUGACCUCAAAAACAUGCUCUCCACACACAACACCUCCAUGUUUGAAUACUUGGCACCACCUCGCAGAAGAGGUCACAUGCCUCAACAGCCAGCCAAUCAGAACCGGAAUCCUGCAACCACCAGCCAAUCAGAAUUCGACAGGGUUUUUUGAUUCAAUUUGCUACUUUUUGGACAUGUUAUGGUCGGUCAAGAGAAGAGAGACUUCCGAUUGGUUAAGUAGGUGAAACCAUUUAUGGUCCUACCCAAAUAUAGUAUUUGGAAUUUUAUGUACCUUAUGUACUGUUCUGAGUUAUUGUUCCAUCAUAGUUUUUCUUUGGACAAGCAGACAUGAUUCUCGUUGUUUUGCGUUGUCCACUUUUCAUUGUUGCUUAAACAAGAUCUUAUAAGGCUACAAAUCACUACUGGUAUAAAUAGGUGAUGGACAGUUCAACAACACCUGUCACACUAUAUAUGAGUGUAUUAUUGUGCUGCUAGAAAAAAAAAAAUUAAGAUUGUUUAUACUGAAGGAUGUUAUCUUUCCCCUGAUAUGUUGGAUUUCCCUGAACAUUACUUUUAACAGGGUGCUUUGUCUUGAACAACCCCUGCUCAUUCAUCUCUUCAGAUUUUGUUUAUUUACGUUUUUAGACUGUUUUUAUUUAGUAAGGUCAAGAAUUGUGUUGGUUUGGGUUCUUGAUAUAUACAUUACUUGUUAGAAUAAUACACUAAUAAAACUGCCACAUGUCCAA